CGUAAACUUCCUGAACUUAUUGCUGGGUGUCUGAGGCUCGAGCCGGCGCGGGCGGGCGGCGCGUUGAACCAGUGGCUUCCGGGCGAUAGGGCCCUGAUAUAGAAGGCUCGAAACCCUCUCAAAUCCCCUCGAUACUCAAGCGGGUGGCUGUGAGCUAGCGGCAUGUAAGACACUAGGCAUCGACAGGCUCGGGAGCAAACCAAGUGCUGUAGACUGCGAGGCGCAGCAAUAACUGAUCGUGGCUGAGCCCUCGACACGUUCAAUAACUCCUGCUGCUCAAUAAUUCCCGCUGCAAUUGCGCCGAGCAGCUCAGCACUGAGCCGACCGACCCAGCCGGCAGCAUCAUGCACCGAGCACUACUGCGACGCGUGCACGCGAGACGCCUCAGCACGGUGCCAAAACAAGCGCAAUGCGUCGUAAUCGGCGGUGGAAUCAUAGGCACGUCCACCGCCUACCACCUCGCGAAGCGAGGCUGGACCGACGUCGUGCUGCUCGAGCGGCACGCCUUGACGGCCGGAACGACAUGGCACGCGGCGGGCCUGAUGGUCACCUUCGGGUCCCUUUCGAGUACUUCGACGGAGUGGCGCAAGUACUCCAAAUCAUUGUACCAAUCCCUAGAAGCGGAGACGGGUCAGAGCACGGGUUUCCUGGGCUGCGGGUUUAUCGAGCUGGCCACGGAACGAGAUCGGCUCGAGGAGUACCGGCGCGUCGCGGCGUUCAACCGCAAGGAGGGCGUCGACGUGCACGAGAUCGACGCGAGGGAGGUCUCCUCGUUAUUUCCUUUAUGUAGGACGGACGACGUGCUCGCGGGCUUUUAUGUGGCGGACGACGGCCGCGUGAACCCGGUGGACGCCACCCAAGCGUUAGCCAAAGGGUUUAAACAGUUAGGAGGUACGAUCGUCGAAGGCGUCGACUGUACAGAUAUCAUAACGGAAGACGACGCCGUCGUCGGCCUGGAGACGUCCGCAGGAACCAUCAAGACGGACUACGUCGUCAACUGCGGCGGCCUGUGGGCGCGGGAACUAGGUAAGAGCCACGGCGUGCUAAUUCCGAAUCAAGCCGCGGAACACUACUACCUCCUGACGGACGCCAUGGACAAUGUCGAUCCGAGCUGGCCCGUCGUCGAGGAUCCCAGGAAUUACGCCUACAUCCGGCCCGAGGGCGGCGGUUUGAUGGUUGGGCUGUUCGAGGGCGAAGCUGCAUCAUGGGAUUCAUCAAUACCGCCCUUCGGCGAAAUAGCCCCGGACUGGGACCGGUUGGCGCCCUACCUCGAGAAGGCCAUGUCGCGCGUGCCUUCGGUCCAGGACGUGGGCGUGAAGAAGUUAUUUUGUGGGCCCGAGUCGUUCACACCUGAUUUGGCACCACUCAUAGGCGAAGCUCCCGAGUUACAAAGGUAUUUUGUGGCGGCCGGUUUGAAUAGCAUAGGCAUCCUGACGGGGCCCGGCGUCGGUAGGAGCGUCGCGAAUUGGAUCGUGGACGGCGUUCCCGAUGUGGAUGUGUGCGGUUUUCACGUCGACCGGGCUCGAGACUACCAGGCGACGCCGGCCUAUCGUCUUGAGAGGGUCAAGGAGGCCUUAGGGGAUGUCUACAAGUGCCACUACCCGUACAAGACGCCGCAGGCGGGCCGCGACCUGUGUGGAAAUCAACCUUCUUCACUUAGUCAUUUCUCGGCGACGACGCGGCCCCGCUGACUGAACCGAGCGGUGAGAGACCCACACCGCCACGCUAUCGAGCAGGCGUCGCGUCGAUGGCGUGGAGGCCAUGAUUCAGCAGUGGGCGGAGAGGCGCCUCGAUAUUUGGUUUUCUACACAGGCCGCGACGCCAUGCGGUCGCCGUUACACGCCGCGUUGGUGGAACGACAGGCGACGUUUCGCUCGGUCUCCGGCUUCGAGGCCGCGGACUACUUCGGCGGUAAAGAUGGGCCCUUGAGUUGGGGCGAGCCGCCCUUCUUUGCGGCUUGGCGCGACGAGCACCGCGCCGUGCGCGAGGCGUGCGGUUUAAUUGAUAUGUCGUUCAUGUCAAAAUUCGUGGUCGCCGGCCGCGACGCCGUGCACGUGUUGCAACGCUUAAGCACCUCGGACAUAAACACGGGCAAGAUGACCUACACGCAGUGGCUGCAUAAGGAGACGGGCGGCGUCGAAGCCGACGUCACGGUCUGCCGCCUGCCCCGGGGCACGCCCUGGGCGCCUACCGAUGACUCCUUCCUCGUCGUCGCGACGGACACGAUCCACCGGCGCGUCCAGGCGAUGGUAAGGAGGGAGGUCCGUGACGGAGAGGUCUGCGCGGUCGUCGAUAUGACGGGUGGGCUGGCGAAGGUCGACGUCCAGGGUCCUUCAUCAAAAGACGUGCUCCCCGAGCUUGGUGAUUUGGCCUUCCGCGGCGUCUCCACCAUUAGUAUCGGCAAGUGCGCUUCCGUGGUGGCAGCGCGCCUCACCUACGUGGGCGAGCACGGCUACGAGCUCUUCGUCCCAUCAGAACAUGCUGUAGACGUGCAUGACGCGCUCGUCGACCGAGGCGCGCCCCACGGUCUGCGCCACGUCGGGCUCAAGGCGGUGAACUCGCUGCGGCUCGAAAAAGGUUACAGGGACUACGGCCACGACAUCGAUAAUUUAGAUGGUGUCCACGAUGUCGGUUUGAGCUUCACGUGCGAUUUGACAAAAGAAUUCAACGGAAAAGAUCGUGUUCUAGAAGCGGCCUCUCAACCACGGUCGCGGCGCCUCGUGUCCGUAUUUGUUGAAGACAAAGACGCGUGGCCCCAGCCCGGGGCGCCGGUGUUGCGCGACGGUCGCGUGGUGGGCGACCUCCGGAGCGUGACCUACGGCCACGCGCUCGGGGGCUUCGUGGGCCUGGCGAUGGUCGACGGCCCUCGAUGGUCGGGAGACGACUUCGCCGUCGACGUGGGCGGCCGCGUCUACCCGUGUCGCGCGUCGCUGCGCGGGUUCUACGACCCGCGGUCGGAGCGGGUGCGUGCUUGAUAGUGUCGUGUGUGUAAUUAUUGUUUUGUAGA